ACGUGCUGAAUGUUCGUUCCUUCCCUGCAGGACUCGCGAGACUUGGAGUGAUGUUGCUUCUGCAGAUAGCUAUCCAGCUAGUAGCCGAGUUAGCUGUAUGAAACCCCAGACCUUUCCACUCAGUGCCCAAUAGUAUGGAUCCCUCGAGGCUGACAGGAUCGCUGAACUCUUUUCAGAUGGCAAAUGACGAGGAUUUAUGCCUAGACCUGCUGUCUGCGGACGCAGUUGUUGGGGACCCUAUGUCUAUGGAAUCCGGGAUCAACUUGCUGUCUGCACAGGUCGCUAUGGUGCCUUUGCCUGUAGAACCUGGUACGGGCCUUCUUCUCUCUACACACGCUGGGGUGAACUCCUUGUCUACAGACGCUGAGAUGGACCGACUGUCCUCGCACGCGGACUUGGACCCUCUUUCUACUGAAGCGGGAAUGGGCCUUUUAUCGUUACAGGCAGGUGUCAGCAUUCUGACCGCUCACGCCGAUAUGGACCUCCUGAGUUCGCAUUCUAAUAUGGAACCUCUAACGGAUCUGGGUGCGCCCGCUAGUGCCGGUGGUCUGCCGGAGACGAACUCGGCGGGAACCGGGAACUACUGUAUGGAGCGUGAGGCCCGUGGUGGGCCAGUCCUGACCCAGUCGGAGAGGGAGAGGCUGAAAACGCAGGAUAGCUUGAGCAUCUUAGGAGAUCCAGACUCACUGGAGCUUUCCAAGGCGCAGGUGGAGGAGUUCUACAGCCACAAGCAUCAAGAGCCUUCAGGUCCAUCCACCAGCUUCAGUGAGGAUAAGUGCCAGUGGUUUUCUGAGGCUACGUCAGUCAAGGUAGACCCUGAUAGAGAUAGACUAGAGGGGGCUCAAGAAGCCAGAGUCGGUACUGUCCGUUGGAAAGAGACCAGCGAGGCGCUGAAGCAGAGCGAUUCUGUUUCCCAAAGUUCAGCUUUAAACACACCAUGUGGAACAUCCCAGUUUGAAAAUGGCACAGGGAAGGAACAGGCUUUUUCAGAGCUUGGAAUGGAGGUGGACGGGGAGGUGGACAGUGUCAGAAGAGUCCCCAGCCCAGACGAACCCAUCGUGAUCACGGAUGUGAGAGCCCUGCCGGUGAGCGAGCUGUACGGCCAGGAGGACGUGAACAUGGCGAGCGGUGGAGAACUACCAGGUGAGGGCAGCCUGUCCUCACAAACCUUCACCACCAAACCACACACAGCCGUCAACGUAGAGGGGCAUGCUGGUGCUAAUGACACAACUGUCAUUGAAGAUUCUCCAACCCUGCAUAAGAGGCCUGGAGUGGCAAGCCAGGACUCAUCUAACGAUGUCCAGCUGGUGGAGGACGACGCUCCAGGGGACGUGGUGGAAGUUUCGAAGGACGUGACCUCCGACCGGCCCACUGGCCUCCGUCGUUCCUCCAGGACGGUGAAGCCCAUCCUCCCCAGCGCCCCUCCAGCCCCCGCCCGCCCCCUCGCCAGCCAGCCCCCCGGCUCCGCCCGAAUGCUUCCCCACAGGCCUGGGCACCCCGGGGCCCCUCUGACAGAGCAGUCUGACCCGUCCUCUUCUUUCACCUGUGCCAACUGCUCCGAGUCUCUGAAGAGCGGUCAGACGGCGUACCAGCGCCGGGGCCUGCCCCAGCUCUUCUGCAGCUCUGUGUGCCUGUCCUCCUUCGUCAGGAAACCCCCUCGGAAAACCCCCUGUGCUCACUGUCGAAGCGAUAUGACGAAUAACAAGAACUCCACCAUUGCGCAGAUCGGCCAGUCCUUCCAUGAGUUCUGCAGCGGCGCAUGCCUGGCGCAGUACGAGGCGCGGGCGCAGGAGACACCCCCCCACGACCCUGCGCCCCUCUCCAGGAGGUGCAGUGUGUGCAGCCGGGCCCGGGAGAUCAUCCACGAGGUUAGCACCGGGAACGUGGUGCAUCUUCUGUGCAGCAACGCCUGUUUCAACACCUUCCGGGCGUCCAAGGGGCUGAAGACCAACUGCUGUGAUGCCUGCGGCACCUACAUCAACAUGUCGGCCUGCAAACCGGAGUACCUUCUCCACGACGGCAUACAGAGGAGGUUCUGCAACUCCUCCUGCGUCAAGCUCUACAAGAUGAAGAACACCAAGGUUUUGUCAUGCCAGUGGUGUAAGACUCUUGGUCAGAAGUUUGAAAUGCUGUCGAACGUGGAUGCCGGCGGGAAGAUCCAACACUUCUGCUCAACUUGCUGUAUCACAUCAUACAAAGUGAAAACGUCUGUCAACACAGUUCCUCAGUAUCCUUGCGUCUUCUGCAAGAAAUCUCUCCGUGAACCUGCGUACUUCUGCAAGGAAAACAAGACGGUAUACACGUUCUGCAGCCCAGGGUGUUGGAUCAAAUUUCAGAGCCACAAUCCAGAUGGUGUCAUCCAUUUAAACUGCCAAUCCUGCCACGACAUGUUCACAUGGAAACCAGAAGUCUUAGAAUGGCAGAACUCCAUGUAUCAGUUCUGCAGCAAGGACUGCAGUAGGGCCUACAAGGGCCUGAACGGGGUGAUCACGUCAUGUGCGCAGUGCAAGCAGGAGAAAAUUCUACACAAGAAGAUGAUGUUUUCAGGGGUGGAGAAGGCUUUCUGCAGUAACGCCUGCGGCGGGCUGUACAAACAGGACGUCACCAGACGUCUGGGAGCCGCGUCGGUGGACUGCUCCUACUGCAGCCAGACCUGCGUUCCUACCGUCACAGACGAACAGGGGGACAAGAAGUGGGCCUUCUGCGCCCUGGACUGCAAGAGAAAAUACCUCCGCCUACACCUGAACAUGUCGUUCUGCCACUUGUGUCAACGCCAAGGGAAGCUUCAUGAGAAUCUGCUGUGGAAGGGCGACCUCAGACACUUCUGCAACCACCAGUGCCUGCUCUACUUCUGCAGCCAGCACAACCAGCCCAGCCCUCAAGGCUUCCCCCCAGGACCCAAGUCCCCCCCUGCUGCUACCAGGAAAAGUGAAACGCAGACUCCUGCAAGGCUGAGGUCUACGUCCAGGCCUGAAACUGCAGCUGUUUCCUCCCUCGCUCCUCCCCCCACGUCCCAGAAGAACAAGUCGUCCAUGUGCAAGCCCAUGGUGGAAACCAUCGCCAUCUCCUGUAAACCUGAGACCAAGACCCAGAGCUGCCAGACAGAUGACUACCUGCUGGCUCCGCCCCUAGUGUUGCCCAUCCCUGUGCCUGUGUACGUUCCCCUGCCUCUGCAGAUGUACUGUCAGUCCAGUCCCAUCACCCUGGCCUGGCCCCUGCCCCUCCCGGUGCCGGUGUUCCUGCCCAGCACGCUGGACCAGAUCAUGGAGACCAUCAAGGAGCUGAAGCUCAGCCUGCCGUACGAGCCGGCGGAGGCUGACAUCACCGCUGAGGGCGAGGCUGAGGGCGAGGCUGAGGGAGAGGCUGGGGGCGAGGCUGGGGGCGAGGCUGGGGGCGAGGCUGGGGGCGAGGCUGGGGGCGAGGCUGAGGCUGACAUCACUGCUGAGGGCGAGGCUAAGGGCGAGGCUGACAUCACCAGUGAGGCUGAAGGCGAGGCUGACAUCACCAGCGAGGCUGAGGCUGAAGGCGAGGCUGACAUCACCAGCGAGGCUGAGGCUGAGGGCGAGGCUGACAUCACCAGCGAGGCUGAGGCUGAGGGCGAGGCUGACAUCACCAGCGAGGCUGAAGGCGAGGCUGACAUCACCAGCGAGGCUGAGGCUGAGGGCGAGGCUGACAUCACCAGUGAGGCUGAAGGCGAGGCUGACAUCACCAGCGAGGCUGAGGCUGAGGGCGAGGCUGACAUCACCAGCGAGGCUGAGGACGAGGCUCGGGGAGAGGCUGAGGGCGAGGCCAGCCUCUGUGUCGACCCCAGUGGUGGGAGCCGUGAUGCGGAGCAGGAAGAGGAGCCUGUGCCGGCCCCCCAGGCCCUGCUGACCUCUGACCUGGACGUGGACGACUUGCUGUCUGAGCCUGGCUCUGCUGACCAGCUCCUCACAGCUCCCGAGGGGGUGCACGCUGACGGACCCUCUGACGGUGGAGCAGCAGAGCUUCCAUCAGACACACCAGAGGAGAGCCCUAAUGUCGUGGUCCUCAAGGGUUCGAAGCGGCAGGCUAUGUCGGGCGUGGCUGUCCGGGACCCCCUGGACAGCCACGCUCCAGGCCCUGGGCUGGACAGCUCCUGUGGGGUGCAGGCCUGGAGGGCCUGGGUGGAGAGCCAGCGCUCUGGAGGUGACAACAGAAAAGAGAACCCCAUUGAUCUGAAGGAGGAUCUUUUGUCCUGCUCUCCGUCGGAGCUGAACCAAGGCCUGUCCCAGUUUGUCCAGGACAUAGUGACUCCCAGAGGGCCGUGCUUCCAGCCUCACAGCGUGUUUUAUCUGUGUCUGGGCAUCCAGCAGUUCCUCCUUGAAAACAACCGCAUGGUCAACAUCUUCACGGACCAGCUGUACAGCGGCUUUGCCAGGCAGCUGGAUGGGGUCCUCAGUGGCUGGGUUCCUCUGCUCAACACAGACGGUGAUCACGUGUCCCGUGUUGUGGAGGAGCACCUCUGGGAGUGUAAGCAGCUGGGCGUGUACUCUCCCUUCGUGCUUCUCAACACGCUCAUGUUCUUCAACACCAAGUUCUUCCACCUGCGCACGGUGGAGCAGCACAUGCAGCUGUCCUUCGACAACGUCGUCCGCAGGACCAAGAAGGGCCCCGCGGGCCACGCCGCCACCAGGCUGGCCAGCGUGUGCUAUCGCCCCCGCACACGCUACAAGAAACACACCAGCAGAGAGUGCACCCUGGGUAAAAGGAAACGAGAAGACGAGGAGGAACUGGAGCAGGAGGAGAACCGCAUGAACCCCCUCAGAUGCCCAGUCAAGUUCUUCGAGUUCUACCUCUCUAAAUGCCCCAACGCCGUGCUCAGCAGUUCCACCUCCAUCUACCUGCUUCCGGAGAGAACCUGCACCAUCGACAGCGACCUGUGGUACUCCGAGACGCCCAUGUCCAGGGGAAUGCUCGGAGUCCUGCUGAACCGCAUCCUGGCCGUGAGGGACAUUUCUGGGGAGCCCUCAGGACAGCGCAACGUGGACUGAACAGUCACACAGCACUGGGGAUACGCUUGUGGUACAAAAGGUGCCAGACUUCUUUUUCCGUUUCUUUGGCAAGAUACAGUACUAACACCAUUUGUAGUAACUUGGGAAAUGUAAUGACACCGUGUUAUGGUUUAGUCACUUGAGUUUAUUUUAAUCAGGGCAGUGAGGAGGGAAGUGUUUCCCGGGGCCAGUGGAUGGUAGUUUUGUUAUUGUUUUAGUGGCAUCUUGUGUAGCCCCUCUGGCCCACAUGCUUACCUGAGAAGCUCCCUGAUCUUCCUCUAGGUUUUCACUAGUGAAUAAUGUCACACUAAGGUAGUUGAACCACAAUUUAUGUUUUUACAAGAAAACUGUACUUUAUACUUUGUACAUGUCAAAUGCCACCAUGUUCUACCCAAAUAACAAACAGACAAGUUGUUUUGGUGACAGUUUGGAACAGCGCGUGUUGUGUGUGCCGUGGUUUGGAAGAGAAGGAAGGUAGACGUUGUGGGAUUGGAUCAUUUGUUUAUAUUGUAUUGGAGAUCUAUUUUUAUUACACAUUUUUAUAGAGAACAGCAUUUUACUUAAAAUUCAUUUAUUUAAAAUGAAAAUUAAAUGCAAUACUGGUUUCCUUUUCAUUCCAAAGCAGAUUUGUAACUAUAUAAUUGAUGGCACUGUAUAUUAUCAAACAGUUAAGUUUCAAAUCUGCACUGAGAAAGGACAGUCUAUGGAAAUGAAUACCUGUACAGUAAUAACCUUUCACCUGCUUUAGUUGUUGUUUUAUUUAAUCGUAAAACAGAUGUUGCCAUUCAUUAAACCACAUCAACCUUGAA